AUAAAUUUGACACUUCACACGAGCAGAAUAUGUACAAACUGUUAUCAACACCUGGCGAAAAUUUAAAUGAAUAUACUUAGUAUCUAAAUCAAUAACUGGCCCUUCCCAGACAGUAAUCCAUUAGGUACUUUGAUCGUAUUUACUAUUCAGUAUUUAGGAUAAAAUAACCAAACUAUAGUACUUAUUGGUAAUUUGUUCCAAGGACACAGGAAGCUAAUAAAGUUAUAUUACAAGAGUUAACUGAAGGACUAAGUGCGAAGCUUCAAGAACGCUUCGUGACCAUGGCCAUGCCACUCGUGGCAUCCGCUCUUGAAGUUUCCAAAAAUGAUACCAAUAUGAAGGCUCUCGCAGAACUUUUAGAGCUGUUAACCUCCUUAUCGGAGAAGGGAAUUGAUCCAAAAAGUUUGUAUGCCGCUAUUGAUAAACCUCCGCCGCGACUUGGAAUCCAUGACGACGAAGCAUUUACGGAUGAAGCGGUAUUUAUAGAACACAAUGAUAAUCACAGAUAUGCAUGUGGUCAAUGCAAGAAAGUACUGCCAAACCCGUAUUUGCUGGAUCUACAUAUUAGAGAAAACCAUGAUUCAUUCUUCUCCGCUAUGGCAGAGAGGAAACCUUCAUAUUGCUGUUUCAUAGAAGAAUGCACUGAAAAGUUUUCGACCCCCACAGACAGGUUAGAGCAUGGUGUCCUUGUCCAUAAAUUGCCCAAAGAUUUCAGAUUUGACUGCAAACCAAAAAAUAAAAAGAAGACCAAUAAACCAAAGAAUAAGUCCAAGGAUGAAUUUGUCGAUUUGUCUAUGGAAAUUGAUAAGGGUCCAGAAAAAAAAAUCCAUGAGUUGCACAAAAAAAAUUCAUUAUUUGGGCAUCCCAUUUCAAAACAUGGAGGUCAAAAAAAAAGAAUUGACAUUGAUGGCGUCAUGAAAGAUUUAAAAGACAGCUUACCUGAUGAAAAUUAGAUCAAUAGUUAUUUGCUACCAAGCAUAUGUAUAUUCUGGUAAAAACUAAAUGCAAUUGGCAUGCAUCCAGAACACAUAAUCAAAAUAAUCCUCUAUCUGCCAAGUUACCAAGUAUUUAUACAGUUUAAAUAAAUUCAAGAUCAGCAUUUCAUGUAAAUUGCCAUUAUAUCACACUGAUUUUGCCAGUUGUCACGUAAACUAGUUUUAUUUGAUAUUUAGAUUCUUCUAGAUAUUUCAAUGCAGCUACCCACAGUGGUGGUUAUAAGCAAAUUUUUCAGUUCAUUGCUGUUACAUUUUUUUUUCACAAAUUCCUCAUUGCAUUUAUUUUCUGUCUAAUUAUAGUCACAGCUAAUCAUAAAAGCCACUUGUAAUUAUCAUUUUAUGAAGUAGCGAAGUGUAUAUAUAAUUUACAUUUAAUAACACUGUAGUUUAUUGCAGUUAAAACUUAAAAAGAAGUUAAGUAUUUCCAAGAUAGAGGAAAGUAGAGAUAAUAAAAUAUACUACACACCCACAUAUUCUUUACAGAUAACUACAAAAAAAAAUAGAUAAACCAUUUUUCAUUACUACUUAUUCCAUAGUUCUAGUUUUGUUAUUGCAUUUGUGUUAUUAGUAAAAUAGUUUAUCGAAGUUAGUCUAUGAUUAAUAAAGAGAUCUCAAAACCAA